GGAUUUUUGCCCCUCCUAGUCCGUCAGCCAGACACACCUUUCCUCUCUGGUCCUCCAGCGUUUCUUACCUUCUUGUCGCUUUUCUCAGCCUCGUUGUCUGGCGGUGAACUCUCACCCCAGCUGCUUGGGAAAUGUCAUACAGGCAGAGGCCCGUGCUGCAGUAGGGGGCGUAAUAGGAGGGGGGGGGGAAAAUAACAUUUUUUUCUGCUCUCACCGCAUCUUUUAUCCACGUCUCUGCCGUGCAUGUGCGACAUCCCGCUACCAGCAGCAGCCGCCGCAGAUAACUAAUCGCAGGCUCAAUGCUCAUUUCGCAUUAGGGCUGAUAUAAAAAAAAAAAAAAUCCGUGCCAGACAUGUAUCUCGUCUGUGAAUUGAUGGUGUGGAGUCCAGCCUGGCAUCUCCAGUCAGAUGUGGAGGCCCAGGGGGGAGAACAUGAUGUUUCUCUUGAAGAUGUCAGUCCAACAAACUAAAUGGCUUGUGACGACGAUGCCCAGUCGAAGAUCCUGGGAUUGAUACGUGAAUCCCUUUACACCGAUGGCCUGGACUGAGUUUCAGCUGGCCUGCUGAAGCUAUGGGGAGCUGUUGGAGCUGUCUGUACAGAGACCCCGUCCGAGACAACCAUCUUACAAAAUUUAAGGUCACCAAUGUGGACGAUGAAGGCAACGAGCUGGGCUCUGGGAUCAUGGAGCUCACCCAGACCGAGCUCAUUCUUCACACACGCAAGAGAGACGCCAUCCGGUGGCCGUACCUCUGCCUGCGCCGCUACGGCUACGACUCCAACCUGUUUUCUUUUGAGAGCGGUCGUCGCUGUCAGACUGGCCAGGGAAUCUUUGCAUUCAAGUGUUCCCGGGCAGAAGAGAUCUUCAAUCUGCUUCAGGAGCUGAUGCAAUGUAACAGCAUCAACGUGGUGGAAGAGUCAAUGAUGAUGAGUCGCAGUGGUCACACACCAGAGAUGGAAAUGUCUCGCACACCCCAGACACCCAACACUCCAGCAUUCCCUGUCCAGUCUUUUCCCAAUGGAUACCCAGGUUAUCCAAUCAGAGGUGAUUCCUCCCAACCCUCUCUUGCUGAUGAUCAAGGACAUAGCCUCAUGGGUUUGGAAGACCAGACCCACACCUAUGUAAAUACUGUUAGUAUGGAGGGGGAUCUCUCUAUGCGUCACUGUGUGCACUCCCUGCCUGAGGUGCGGCCCAGCUCUUUCCCUGAAACAACACGGGGAGCUAUGGGUGUUGGGGGCCAAGGAAAUCCGCAGUCCAACUUGCGAUGCUGUCCCUUGGAGGAGCAUAACGAUCCUCAGGUGUUCUUAAAGCCGUCCUCACAGGAGGUCAAAUUCAUGCUGGGCCCCACACCGGCACAACGCCAUCUGCUGGAGAGAGAGAGGGAAAGAGAGAGGGAGAGGCAUGGGCACAAUACUCACAACCUUCAGCCAGUAGAGGGUGCAACAGGCUCAGAGACGGAGGGAGACGAGCCCUCCAUGCACCUGUGCAACUCUCACUCCUAUCACCAUUUCCAUCAUCACACGCACCGGCAUCCAGGCCUCGAGCACCCGGACAGCUGCCAGAGUGGUGAACUCACCUAUGAGAACAUCAAUGGGCUAAGAAGCGGCCGGAAGCAGCGGCUGAGCCCCAGCAGUGUGUCACAGUCUGUGGGUUCAAGCAGCAGCAGCAGCACUGGGGACAGUCACACCCACUCCCUCAUGCACCCACACGCCCUCGGCCCGUCGUCUCUACCCCUGCAGGGCUACGCCUGCGAGAGGGGCAUGGGUGGAGGUCAUCGUCGGACAGCUCUGCUUAACUACGAGAACCUGCCCUCUCUGCCGCCGGUGUGGGAGUACAGAGCCCUGCAGCGGGAUGACGAACAGGAUGAGGAAGACGAUGAGCAAGAUGAGGAGGAAUAUGAGGAAGAAGAGGAAGACUUUGAUGAGUAUGAGUUCUCAGAAGGCCCUGGGACACCCAAUGGGUACCACCAGGAUGGUCGGGGCAUCCACAGAGAUGCCUUGCAGAACUAUGUCAACACAGAGCAGGUCCAGCCGCCCCGGCUCCGACACGCCUGCCCUCCUCAUCCACGGCCGUGUCAGCCAGACAGAGGGGGGCGUAUAUUUAGCUUUGAUUUCCGCAGACGAUCAAGGUCAGGGGUUGGAGGCUGUGAGCACGGCCACAUGCCUCCAUCGCGGCAGCUGAAUUACAUCCAGGUGGACCUAGAGGGAGAACCUCCCUGCCAAGCCAUCAGCAGCGGGGGUGCCCAGACCCAGCCACAGCACCAGCGUCUACCACCCAAAAAAUGUGGCCCACAGGCAUCCCGGCGCAGUGAAUGCUACGCCGUUAUUGACCUAAAGAAGACCGCUGCCAUGUCCAACCUUCAGAAAGCUCUGCCCAGAGAUGAUGGGACUUCCAGAAAGACUCGCCACAACAGCACAGACCUGCCUCUGUAAACGGUGUUCAAACUGAAGAGGAACAAUGAAGACAGAUGAAGGCUUAUCCUCAUCUGAGCACACUGGACCCUUCACUGUCAUCCAUCCAUUCAACUGUCGGGCUGACUAAUACAGUACAGGUACCUACUUAGAAACUUAAUGAAAUCUAUCUGUGCAUAUAAAAGGAAAUGAGAAAUAUCUGAGGAGAAUUUGCCAUUUUAUUCUGUGUUAUUUAUUAGAUAUGUGGUGUGAAGCUCUCUCAAGAAAUUGGCAGUUUUUGCUGCAAAUACUGUUUUGCUGGAUAUAUGGAUAUUUAUAUACAAGCAUAAAAUCAUAUAUAUAUAGAUAUAUAUGACUUUAUGCUUAGCUAUAUAGAGCAGAGACCUCUGCAUUCAGUGGAAUCAGUCAUUGCCAUACGGUAUUAGCAAAUUUUAAUUCAUAAACCCAUCUUCACUUAGACUUUUUUUUUAGUUUCUAUCAUUUAGUUAAUCUACAUCCAUGUGUUUUUUUUUUUACUUAAAUGCUAUGAGAGUAAAAAAUUAGAGCCUUGUUACAGAAGAAGUAGAGUGGUUGUUGGCAUGAAGGAAGGUUAAUGGUUCCUCCAAGAUACUGGCCAAUAUUCAUACCUCUCCAUAAGCAUCUUAGUGUAAUAUUGUGGCUAGUAGAAUAGAUCAUUAUGUGUUCCUAUAUGCCUAUAGAGCAUUUUGCACACAAUCCUAUGGAAUUGUAUUUUAUUAUACUUUAGGGAAUUGUUUGUCUAGUCCAAGACAAAUGGAAUUAAAUGAACAGAAAAGAUGGUGAUAUUUGCAGAAUUACACUAAACUGGAUGAUGGUAAAAGUAGCACACAUGGAUUAAACGAGCUUUGGCUCCCUCCUAUUCACAUGCAGCAAAUAAAAAAGUAGCAUAUCAUUUCCGAUCACACCUCCUACACAUUGUCCCAGACCUGCAGGAGGUCCAUGCGGUUUACGCUUGUCACGUUGCACUUUUGACUUUUUGGGCCACUGAAAUGCUCUUUGUCACUACUCCCACUCCUCUGGAGCCACAGGUUUGACUGUGUCCUUUUUACCAAAAGCAGGGGGCCAAAUAUUUGAUUGAGAUUUUUAGUGAGCAUCGUAGAUAGGAUUUACUUACAUGUUUUGAUGGAGACAUCAACAACCUCAAAUAGUGGCAUUAAGCUAUAACCUCACAUAAAAAGUGCUGAAUCUUUAAUUUGUCAGUUAUCCGGUGUGAAUGGUCUGUUUUUAAAGGGUCGCAAAGUGAAGAUUUUUGUGAGGCUAUUUAUCAACCGUAGUCAGAUAUUUAUUUAUUUAUUUAUUCUUUUAUUUUUAAUUGUAAUUAUUUUGUUUUCCAUGUGAUGACCAUCUUUUUGUAAUCCAGUUGGUAAUAUGGAGACAAAAGUUUCACAUCAAAUUAUAACUGGACUCCGGUGUAUUACUGUUAUAACUGUGCUUAAUUAUAUUUAAGAAAAAAAAGAAAGACUGUAUUUAUAUUUUAAGUGCCAAGACUUAUUUGCAAACAGUAUGAUGAAUAAAAUCAAACGUGCCAUCAGGAUUUGUGGAAAACAAAGUUAUAAUGGUUGGUAGACCAAAAAAAAAAAAGGUAAUUAACUUUUAAAGGAUAAAUUAAAACAACAAAAACUGCACAUUCCACCUCAUCCACAUCGACAGCCAUUUUGUAGUGAGAUAUAAGAAAGGUAGUCUUGUAGUCUGAUAAUCACAACCAGGGGGGUUUUAUGCUGCUAUUUGUAAAUACUAAGGUACUUGUCAAAAUGAAAACGUAUGUGUUUGAACCUAUGCGAUGUCAGAUCUUUUACCAUAUUGUUAAUUGCUCUAGAAGUACCAUUGUUUAGUUCUUCUGAAAAUAUUUCUGAGCAGUAGAAAUAUACAAUGUAAGAGAAUAUUUCAUUUGGCCAAUAUUUAAUUUCAUCCAUUCUUUUUCAACAAACUGUCUGUCUGGUAGGAGAGGUAACAGAAGCACAGGCCUAUAGAUGCUAUCAUCUUUUUCUUUUUUUAAGCACUCAUAUCAAGGUAAUAUUUUCAACUGAUGGAGGCCAUUUGUUUUAGAUUUACAGAUUGUGGUAGUUUAGUUUUUUUAACAGAGCAUUCAAUGUGGUAUUCAAUAUAGGACGCAAAUACAAAUUCUCAACUUCUGCUAAGGAGGGUUUUUUUGGCUUCUGUGUGACAUGAGAUGCAAAUGAAAGAUGAUUUCUUUAAAAAAAAAAAAACAGCUUCAAUUUUGUGAUGGUUGAUCCUUUUGGCUGCUGUAUAGAUAUUUAUUUUUCAUUACAUAUAUUUUAUUUACAUAUUUUAUUUAGAAUGAUAUAAAACUGUGAAACACUGUCAGAGGAAACCUUCAAGUUCCCAAACUUGCAAAAAUCUGCGCCUAUUACUAUAAGUUUGUUAUUAUAUAACAUAUAUAUAUAUAUAUAUACAGAUAUAUUUCAUUUUAUGAUUUUACAUUAGUUUUUCAUGAAACCAAAACUGUUUAGUUAAUAAAAUGUCAGAAAGUGCACACCAGUUUUCUACAGCCCAUGGGGCGCAUGCCGUUUCCGUUUUGUCGAAACUUCAAAGAUAUUCCAUUUCCAGUUUUGCUUUAAAAAGUUACUUUUAAAAGCAACCAUUUCUCAAAAUGUAGAUGAAUCAAUAGAUGAAUUCAUGGUUAGAUAUGUAAUAAAAAGGUAUUUGCAAUUCACUAAUUUUAUUCGCAAUUGUAGGACAGCAUUUAAUGAUUGUUGUUUGGUCUAUAGAAGGCCCCUCCCAAUUUUCCUGAACUCAAGGCGAUGUCUUCAAAUUGUUUUGUUUUGUCUAACCAGCAAUCCAAAACGCCAAAGUAUUCCAUUUACACUGAUGUAAAACAGAGAAAGCAAGAAAAGCGUUGCAAAUGCAAAUGAGUUACUCCAUAAGUAAAUGAAUAAUUUCAGUGCUACUGGUUUAAUGGUAACAAUAAUCUAAAAGUUUUUGUUUCCCAACACAGAAGCUUUAAACAACUCCAAAAUCAAAAGUUAAUAGUUUGUAUUUUUGUUUGAUCAUCAUACUUUAAUAUGACAUUUAAAAAGAGAAAGUCUCUUAUAUAAUAAAAAGGCCAACUUUUAGCAGACAUUUUUGACUGUAUUUGCAAAUAUAUUGUCAUGAUACAAUGGAAGGAUGUUUACAUUUUUGCAAUAAUAGGUGAAUUAUUGUUUUGUCGAUCUAAAUCAGACUAAUGUGUGAAGUGUGAAAUUUAAAUAGUAGUCUAUAGAGCUGUGCGCUUAAUGUAUUUAAUCGCCUGUUCUGUGAAUCAGCAGUCUUAUUUUUAAUUCAGGUACAAUGUUUACUUUUCAAUCAUCAUAGUACAAUUUCAGCUAUGAAAGUAAAAAAGAAAUAUGCCUGUUUUCUUGGUUGUCAGACACUGUGUUUUCUAAAACUGACAUUAAAGGUGCCAUAGUGGGUGACCAUUGCCAGUCCUUAAUCACAUUUUUUUUAUUUAAAUUUUCAAACCUGUGGUGACGUUUCAUACAGGAAUCAGAAAGAGUUUCAUCUAAUUUCUCAAAAUAUAGUUACAUGUGGUUUUAUGGUCAUUUAAAAAAAAAAAAAAAUCCAUGUUGAAAUGUCACCAAUCUUUGUUAUAACGCAGUAACCUCACCACCACCAAUAGCAGUUAACAGUGAUUACAGCAUCAUUACCACAUACUCUUGUGUUUACUGAUUAAUAAUCAAAAUAAAUAGAUGUGGUAAUUGUUUUUCAAAAAUGCUCAUGUGAUCUCAUUGCACUUCAGUUAAAAUAAGGGUCCCUCUCAUACCAUAAAUCGUUGUGAUUGGCUCGGAGGGAUGCUGUCUCAAACAUUCACCUUCAGUGUUUAUACUCAAGGCGAAAUAAACACAGGGGUAUGCGAAAUUAAUAAGCACUGCUGAUGGGUAUAAUUAGUUCUGCAGGGCAAGGAGCAACAACACAAGGACAUAUCCUGUCAUUAAGUUCCCCAAACUGAAUUUAUUGAACGGGUUGUUUAACAAAAGGGCUUGCUCUGUGUUUACUGUACAAACCUUAGAUAGCGAUAGAUAACGCCAUUAAGUCCAUUUAAAGAAAUUUCUCACAGUGCCUUUCAUAUUCAAGCUGGAGAAACAUUUUCAUUGCAGUUUAUAAGGGUGGCCUGAAAAAAAAUAAAAAAUAAAACGCCGCCUGUUGAAAGUUUUAAGAAAGACUGACCAGGUUGAAAUGGGCUUUAGUCAAAGUGGUUUCAUACUUCAAGUUGUAUUUGAAAAAAACUUGCCAACUGCUGAUUGUUGUACACCAUACUGUAUUUUUAAGUUAUGUCUGUUUAAAGGAAUGUUUUGAAAUUUUGGGAGACAAGCAUAUCUGCUUUCUUGCUGAGUUGGAUAAGACGAUUGAUUAAGUGAGCUUGGGAGGAGAGGGGGAUGGCACAUGAUUCAUUUUAAUAUGAUAGAUAUGAGAGUGGUAUUAAUCAUCUCAUUGAAUCUUGGCAAGAAAGCAAAUAUCCAAACUUAUCUUUAAGAAUUUUCCUCUAUUUCUUAGGGGUUGUUGACAUUAAAAUUGAAUAAGUCCUUUUUUAAGAGUACAUGGUCCAUGAUUGGGCUUUAGAUGCAGUGAGAAUAGCAAAACUCAGAGUGAAUGAAAAGGUUUUCAAUCCUGAACACUAUGUUCUGUGACAUGUUGACAAUGAUGUUAAUUAUGAGUUUAGAGUACAGUGUGUUUGUGAGUAUAAUGGCAUGUGGCUACGGUGCACUCCAUGAUUCCUCAUCAGCUGCCAUUUCUUCUCAUAGUGCUGAAGAAUGUGAAAAUAAAAUUUCCUUUUUAAGAUUUCCUUUUUUUAUAUAUACUUUUCUAAUUUCUUAAACUACUCAAAAUGUGUAACGUAAGUCAGUUUACAAGAAUAUAGUAAGGACAGAAAGAAAGGCCAGCAACACGCUCAGUGCCAUCAUGUUUUUUUUUCCAUCAUCAUUAUCCUCAUUAUCAUUGAUUCUGUAUCAUCUUCACAAAAUACAGAACAUCAUAAAUGACAUAUUGUAAAACCUUGAAUUCCUGUCUAUGCUAUGAGAUGGAUCUCUGUCCAAAUACUGAAAGUAUCAGAUAACUGUAAUAUCUCUUUAUUAUUAUUACUAUGUUGUUGUUUUUUAAUCUGGUUUGUUUUUGUCUGGUAUGAGGGUGUGAUCACUACCAGAGAUGUACAUGUACGAGUCUGAGCUGUACAUUUUUGUGUCUUUGCAUACAGGUUGCUUUGGCCUAACUUUGUGAUUGUUGUAAUCAAUUUACAAAUCGAAUGAGUGCCAAAUAUGCUCUAGCAUGACAAAAUCUGGGACCCACGAGAAACUGCAGGUACUUUCUCUGACUCAUCGAGUGAGACUCGAGUGACUUGCUGCUGUUGUAGACUCUACUUGCGAUACAAAUGCACAGCUGAAGGUUUGACCAUGCUAAAUAUUUUACUGAAAGGGGAAAAUGUUUUUAUGUUUUUGUCUUAGUUUGACAAAAGUUUCUUCAAAUAUUUGUUGUAUGUUUCUGUGUUUCCCUCCAUGGCUUUUAAAUAAGUAUGCAGUGAUGGUCUUAUGCUGCCAUUAGAGGUGAAUAUAAUAAGCUAAUUUUCUUUAUUGGUCAAAAAGGAACAUUUAGGUCAUUUUCAUUCUUGAAUCAUUCCUGAAUCCUUCCACACACACAUGUCUGUUGUCUGACCUCUUCAUCCCAUCCUGUCCCAAAACAAAGUGAGCCUGACAUUUGGUGAAUUUUACCCUGAAUUUGAUCAAUUAUAGUGUGGAUUUGUCCAAAACUGUUAAAGUAAAUGUAAUUCUAAUAUUGAAAUGAAGCUAUGAAAAUGUCUUAUUAUGCGCUAAACAGUGUCUAUUUUCUUCUUUAAGUCAAACCUUUAAUGUCUCAAAGAAUCAAUAAAUGUAUUUGAGUAAAACAAAACAGUUUCCCUCCAGGAUCAUGUGCCUCUUCAGUUCAUAACAUGUACAAUUUUUAACAUUGCAUUUACAAGAUAUUUUUUAAGGUAUUCCUAGAAUAUUUUUAUAAAAUAUACCAGAACAGGCUGCUCAACAAUCAAAACAGUACGAGACUUUAAAAAAAAUAUAUAUCUUUUUUUAAGAAAGAAAGAAACAAGUCAGGUCAACACAGAUAAUGUGAACACCGAACCUUUUUGGGCUGAUCAAACCUAAUCACUUUUGGAGGCGAAAUGCUUUGUUUGCUCUGGUCUAUUUAUUAUCUUCUGAAGAAACAUUGAAGACAGACGUGAAACGGGCCUGUUUAAAUGUGUUUAGUACAACACUCAAGCUGUGUGAGUAAUCAUUCAUCCUCCAGUCCAGCAGCUGAGAAUAACUGCACUAUGUGAGGGAUGUCUUUACCCUGAGGACAGAAAUAACUGUGUGAACACCAUUCAAAGUAGAUUGCCUUUUUGUUCAGAAUAUGUACAGCUGUCUGUAGCUCAACAGAAUAUAUUACUUAAUAUCCAAGUGGACAUACUCAUGUUUCCCAUUUUUGCUCAAACCAGAAAUUAAAUCGAGAUUUUACUCAACAAUGUUUUGCAGCUAAAUUUUAACUUCCUUUGAGCAUGUAAUUAGUAUCUGCCAGUGUGUUAACAAUUUUAAUAAUUUGAUGUACAGAGAGCAUGGUCCAUGUUAGCUCUAGAGAUUUACAGCAAACUGUAAAUAUAUGCCUUAAAUAGUAGCUGUCUUGUCUUGUGUUUGUAUCUGUCUUGUUUUAUGGUCAUUGAUUUAUUGUAUCAAAAGAGGAGCCUCACAAAUAAAGCAGAGCUUUUAUUGUU